AUGCCUGAAAACUUCAAGCAGAAGAUAUCAAAAUCAUUAUUUUGUCCGGCCGAAAAAAUCGCCGGCAGCGAUGAUAUCUUAAAGGAAAUUCUCUUACGAUUACCAGCCAGUUCUUUUCUCCGUUUCAGUUGCGUCUCUCAUCGCUGGCGUUCCUUCAUCUCCGACCCUUAUCUCCGGCAACUCCAUUCUCGCCGGAGCGCCGCCAUUACCGACAGUCUCUUCUUGUUCCGUAAAUCCGACAAGAAGUACCACUUAGACCACCUCUUUAAUUUCUCCGACACUAGUAAAAGAAAAGCUGUCCCUUCUAACAUCCGCACUUUUACAGACAACUUCCGUUCAGUUGAACCGUUACACUGUUGUAAUGGUUUGUUUUGCCUUAAGCUUCUUCAACUUGAUAGUGAUGACGUGUUAUAUUGUGUUUAUAACCCUUGUAUAAAUCAAUACACUAAUAUUCCACUUCCUGAUAUUAAUGAUGAAGAAGAAAUUGUGUCAAUGAAUUUGGCUUUUGAUCCGAAAAGGUCUAGCCAUUACAAGAUUAUUUGCAUUGUUGGAGAAAGAUUAGGGUUUUUGAGGUUUUUGACUUUUUCUACUGAAGGUAAUAACUGGAAGGAGUCGGGUCAAGGGGUUCGGGUCAGAGGAGAGUAUUAUUUUGUGAAAGGGGUAUUUUUGAAUGGUAAUAUAUAUUGGAUCAGUAAACAUUCAGCUUUUGUGUGCUUUGAUGUUGAUAAUGAUAGUCUGAAAAUAAUGCCUAGUACUUCUGUUCCUGCGGGGCGUAACGGAAGAAAAAUCAAGUAUUUUGGUGAAUCUGCUGGAAAUUUGCAUCUUAUUGAGGAAAAUGCGCUUCGGCCUACAUUGCUUAAUGUGUUUGAAUUGAAGAAUGAUUGUUCAAAGUGGUAUGUGAAAUAUGUUGUGGAUGUUGAUGAUCUGACUCAUUUGUUUCCUCUAAUGGUGAUUAAUGAGCCGGAGUCUCUUGAUGUUAUCGGUUACCAAUUUGAUGUGCUGUGUUUUGUUGAUGGUGAGAAAGAUGGGAAGACGAUGCUCGUGUUGUCAGUACCAGAAAAAAUGAUCUCUUAUGAUAUAAAGAGUAUGGAUAUCAAGGAGCUUCUGAAAGUGCAGCUAGAACAACUUCAUCUCAGCAUUGAAGGUUUUAUUGUGUACAACUAUAAAUGGUAUCAUGCUUACAACCAUGUUCAAACACUUGCUCUUGUUUAG